UGGCGCACUGUCGCUGGAGGAAACUUUCACGCGCUCGGUCUGAUCACCGGAUCCUCUUAGAGGGAAUGAGACGAGUGAAGUCAGGAAAGUUAGACUGAAGGAAAAUGUCGGCGACACGUGCCUCACCUUUUUCGAACAAAACCAGCCAAUAUGAGGACGCGGUCGAGGGCAACUGGCACCUUCUCUUUGGUUUAUCCUUCGCCAUCGCCACCGUCACUUGCCUGGGAGGUUUGUACUCGCUUAUGUCGCUGCUCAGGAUGAGGACUAAGUCUUCCCUAUGUCUGAUAGUAGCUUCUUUAUCCAUAGACGACCUGAUCAGCGUCGUGCCGCUCACGCUCUUCAUGAUCUUGCAAUGGAGGAGCGGAGACGCAAACCGGCCGGGCGCUAUGUGCACCCUGUCCGGAAUCCUGUAUGUUUUCCAAGGAUUGUCAAGCAAUAUGAAAGCCUGUCUCUUAGUUGCUUACACUUUCUACGUGACAAAGCGCUUUGGAGUGUAUCAAACCCAUAACCGACCUCUCUGGGUGUUUGUGGCGGUGGUGGCGGUUUGGACGGUGAGUCUCACGGUCAGCGUCCUGCCUGUGUGCGGCUGGGGUCGCUUCGCCCCCGCUUCUCUCGGUUGUCUCCCGGAGAACGACAGCCUGUACGUGCUGCUUCUGUUCUCUGUUUACUCACUGUGUUUCUGUGGGCUGGUUAUUUGUUCGGUUCCUCUCUUCUGCCAGCUCAUGUGCUCCACGGAAGCCCUGAGAACAUUUUACCCGAGCUAUUUUGAAAUUGCCGGGUCGGCGCCGCUGUGUGAGAUCCCCUCUCUGUCACGGGAUAGCUUGGAUAAAAGUUUGGGAGCCUACAAUGAAUUCAACUCGAACAUUGCCAGUUUUAAGAACAAAACGGAGACGUAUUCACUGUCAUAUUCUCCAGCAACCGGUCAUUUCCAGAAAGAUGGAGCUCAGAGUGCACGUUAUUCCCCAGUGUUUUUCUCUCAAAAGCGCUUCUCGAUGAUUCUUGCCAUGGCUCGAAUGGUUCUGUGGAUGCCAAUGAUGACCCAGAUCCUGGUGAGUCACGCUGUUCACAUGCACAGCUCGUCCUUGGAGACUUUCUGUUUUUUCCUGACCUUGCUCUCCACGGCGGUCACCCCUGUGUUCGUGUUUUCGGAACGCUGGAUCCAUCUGCCUUGUGGCUGCUUCAUCAACUGUCGCCAAGGCUUAAGUUCUGAGCUUUCCACCGCGAAGAAAAGGAGAUUUGAAUUCAACCUCUCCUUCCAGCAAGGCUAUGGUAUUUACAAGAUCUCCCACGGCAAGUCACCAUCCAUCGAGAAACCCUCUUUUAACAGUUUAUACAGCUGCGAUUUCUCUGAAAGCAGAGCCGCAGUGGUGGACAGCGGUCAUAUUGGUAAUUUCAGCACCGCGGCAGCAGAGGACAGCUCCCUCCACAGCGAGCUGCUGCUCGAGGAGAGAGUGGAUAGCCAGCCUCAGAGCUCCACAGAAAGGGACAGGCCAUGCAAUGUCUCACCUCAGGUUUCAACCUGCGAUGGUGAGGAUCUUCACCUCGACAACUUGUCAGUAUUUGACAUUCCAGAGAGGAGGCUGUCCCACGAGGAGUGUCGUAAAAUAGAGUUGACUGACUGGGAGUGGUGCAGGAGUAAAUCAGAAAGGACUCCCAGACAGAGAUCCACGGCUGGGUUAGCCAUUCCAUUAUGUGCCUUCCAGGGCACCAUUUCCCUCCAUGCCCCCACGGGCAAAACACUGUCCCUCUCCACCUAUGAAGUCAGCAGCGAUGGCCUAAAGAUCUCCUCCAACAAUGCGAAGAAAGUUGAGGUGUACCGUUCCAAAUCGGUGGGUCAUGAACCUAGUGCAGAAGAGCCCAACUCCAGCACUGGGGGUGGGGGAGUUGGAGACACAAAUGUAAAAAUCCACCUGGAAGUUCUGGAGAUCUGCGACAAUGAAGAGGCCAUGGACAGCGUCUCUAUUGUCUCCAAUAUCAGCCAGUCAUCCACACAUGCGCGUUCGCCUUCGCUGCGCUACUCUCGUCGUGAGAACCGCUUUGUGUCAUGUGACCUUGGCGAAACAGCCUCAUACUCCCUGUUGAUCCCCACAAGUAACCCGGACACGGACAACAUCAACAUCCACAUUCCGGAUACGGUAGAAGCGCACAGACAGAACAGCCGGAGACAGCACCAGGAGACUGGAGGUUACCAGGAAGAGAUACAGCUGCUCAAUGAAGCCUAUAGGAGGCAGGCAGGUGAUCAGGGGAACUGACAUAACAAGAUAUACCAGGCUAUGCCAAUGGACUGAGAAGUCCCAGGUAUAAAAGUAUAGAAUGUUUGGAUGAAAGAUUGUGACAAAAGCUCAUAGUGUUGCAAGUUCAGGGUAGAUUGAAGCACCCAGACCUGAAAAUCUGAUUACCAUCUAAGCACAACUUGAGUAGCAGUUGAUCAGAGGUUGCAAUGUGAAAAUACAGUUUUUGAAUUAAGCACUGGAGAAUAAGGCUGAAGUCCUUAAGUGGUUGAAAGUGAUGUCAAAUAAAGGUUAUUGGGUACGAAGAAGGAGGAAUGGACUCCCUUCUCUGAUGUUCUUUCAUUUAUUGAAUACAAAUAUAAGUGCGUAGACAGAGGGGCUUGAGGAGAGGGUUGAAUAAAGAAGGAUAAAUAAUGUGUAUGUUCGUCUGUUGAGAUGGACAAAGAACGGGUUUCCAAGGGCGUGUGAAGAAAGAGAAAAAGCUAAAAUAAAUAC